UUGGCUCUUAAUAAAGACAACUUCAGUAGAAAAACAAGAGUCCUUCACUUGUGACUUCAGUUUUCUUACACACUUUUGUCAGCACAAAAAAACAUGUCCAAAUUCAGAAAUCUGAAACAACCACCGUUUCCAUAACCAACCACCACCACCACCUUCUUCUUCUUCUCCUCCACACAUUCUCCCCAAAUCCCUCACACACAUUCAUUCUCACUUUCAAGAUCAAUGGCUUCAGCAUUGGAAUGUUGGUCUCGACGCAACAACAACAACAACGAAGAAGAAGACAUGGUAGAACAACAAGUCCUAAUGGAAACAAACCCAUCUUCACAACCCAACAACAACAACAACAAAGAAUCUUCCAUCAUUCACAAGAAGUUCAACAAACUCACACGCAAUGUUUCUGAAGCCAUUGCAUCUCUCAAAAACACACUUAACAUUAACCUCGAUUCUUCCAAACACGACAACAACAACAAUAAUACUUGUCGCAGUAGCAACAACCUUGUUUGGGGAACUGUUGUCAGAAAUCUUACUCAGCUUUAUCCUGGUAGCCAGCUUCCUGAAAAGCUUAUGUCCAACAUUCGUAAGCACUAUGAUUCACUGCCUCCUAGUUAUUCUCAGGCCGGAUUUGAUGUUAAAGAUGUGUUUAUUCACAUCAAGCUGAUCGAGCAAGCUUUGGAUGACGGGCAGGCUGCGAUUUUGAUUGAAGAAGAGUGUGACGGUGAUAUGCAGCUUCAAGGAUCUUUGUUCAAGUUGACAUUUGCUUGCAACUCUCCGAUUUCAUGGCCUGCAAUGUCGAGUGCGUUGGAUAGUUCCUCCAUCUGCUGCAAGAAGAUUCAGAUAUUUGAGAAGAAAAGUCUCACCCUUGGAAUCGUGCUUUUACUUGUUCUUUCUGGGGCUGGUCAGGAUAAGUUAGUAAGGACUAGGGUUGAAAGCGCGCUCAAGUUUGCCAUGAAGAAGCCUAAAGCCAGUGGUGUGAAGCUUCCUUUUGGGCUUUGUGGAUGUCAAGAGGAGAAUUUCAAGGGGAGAGAGUUUGGAGAGAUUGAAGAAGAUGGUAGCGGUGUAUAUUGUGGAAACGGGUUUGAGAAUUUGAGUCAAAAGAUUCAGCUUGAAAUACCCUUGCCGAAUUCAUCUUUUCAUGUAUCGGUAGACGAGUGGCAGACUAUUCAGACAGAUGCGGAUGAGAUACAGAAGUGGGUGUUGAGCUCGGAUAGUCUCGAAUUUUCGGAACAGAUUGGACACAAUUCGUAUAAGGGAACAUACAUGGGGAAAAGAGUUGGCAUUGAGAAGCUCAGAGGGUGUGACAAAGGGAAUUCAUAUGAGUUCGUGCUCAGGAAAGAUCUGCUAGAAUUGAUGACAUGUGGUCAUAAAAACAUUUUGCCGUUUUGCGGUGUUUGUGUAGAUGACAAUCAUGGUUUAUGUGUAGUGACGAAAUUCAUGGAAGGUGGAUCGGUUCAUGAUUUAAUUUCAAAGAACAAGAAGCUUCAGAACAAGGAUAUUGUAAGAAUUGCAAUUGAUGUGGCUGAGGGGAUCAAGUUUUUGAACGAUCAUGGUGUUUCAUAUAGAGACCUUAAUACUCAGAGGAUUCUGUUGGAUAAACACGGGAGCGCUUGCUUGGGAGAUAUCGGCAUAGUCACUGCUUGCAAGAGCAGCCAAGAGGCAAUGGACUAUGAAACUGAUGGUUACCGGUGGCUGGCUCCUGAGGUAAUCGCAGGCGACCCUGAGAGUGUCACCGAGACAUGGAUGAGUAAUGUUUAUAGUUUCGGUAUGGUAAUUUGGGAGAUGGUAUCCGGUGAAGCAGCCUAUACAGCAUAUUCGCCUGUGCAGGCAGCAGUAGGCAUUGCUGCUUGUGGCCUUAGACCUGAGAUCCCAAAGGACUGUCCACAAACUCUAAAGUCCUUAAUGACAAAGUGCUGGAACAACACCCCUUCAAAACGCCCCGAUUUCUCCGAAAUUUUAGCGAUAUUGCUGCGACCAAACAACAACAAUAGGUAAACUUUUGUUGGUCAUUCCGGAAUCUAAUCUGUUGAUAGUAAUUGACUGAUACCAAACAUUCCUUGUCAAGGGAGUUUCAUACACAAUGAUGAAUCCUAUAUGCUUUUGUAACUGUUUCCAAUGAAGAUGUAAAAAAGUUGAAUUUCUUUUGGACAAUUUUGUACUUUUCCUCUUAUGAUGUCUUUGCCAUCAUGAAUCUACUAUUUUCUGUUUUGUGGUGGCAAUUUGAAUGAUGGAAAUAUCUAAAUAGUGUCACAUUGUUUUGUUGUUGUGACUUAUGAGUAUUAUUGAGUAAACAUAUAUACACUACUUGAUGGAAA